UAUAAAAGACCAGCAGUUGAAAUAAAAUUGCAGUUUAUAAACCUUUGUCGUUAAUUUAUCUUUGCUUUAAUAAAGAUUAAAACAAUGGCUUUAACUGGGAAAUAUGAACUUAUUAGGGAAGAAGGCCAACUUGAAUUUCUAACUGCAGUUGGAGUUCCUGAGGAGAGAGCCAAAAAGAUGUUAGCAGACAAAACUUUGGAAAUUACUUUAAGCGGUAACUCUGUUUCUCUUACUAGACCUGGAGGUCAAAAGCAAACUUUAACGUUUGGAGAAGAAAAAGUUGAGACCGGUCCUGAUGGAAGAACUAUUAAGAAUAUCGCUAAGCUAGACGGGGACAAACUAUUGCUUGACAGCCAAUUUGGAGAAACCGGCAGCCUUAAAAGGGAAUACGUCCUUUCUGGAAACGAGCUUACAGUGAUAUCUACUAGUGAAAAACCUGGUGUGGCCCCAGGGAAGAGAAUAUACAAAAAGAUUUAAUUUUAUGUAUCUUAAAUAUUUUAGUUUAAAUCUAUAAUUUGCAUGAAAUUGUUGAAGGUGGUAAUUAUACCAAAAUAUUUUUAAUUUCCUGUUGCCAAUAAUAUUUUGUUGAACUGAAGAAAAAAAAUUAUGAGUUAUUUUUUGUGCACCUAAAACUAUUUGUUUUGAAAAACGAAUGUAAAAUUGAAA